UGGAGCGCCUUUCUGCCUCUCCAGUGCGGCCAGAGCUCGCUUCGCGCACCCACCCCUGCCGAGGAGCCUACUUGCUGCAGCCCAAUGCAUUGUGUAAGACGCGACCUGUUAUGGCCACCACUACUUCCGGGUUCUAGCAUUCUGGUCGGAAUCCACCUCUCCGCCUGUGCAACACACACUUUACACACGCACGGCGACUGCAAGCGGGCAGCAUCGAUCGUGGCUCCUUUAAGACAAACUCAGACAGACAUUUUUUUAACCCUCCUCUCUAAUCUCCCUUCAGUGCUGCAGUUGCAAAGAGGGAGAAAGAGAAAGAGAGCGAGAGAAGAGAGAAACUGAUUAGGAAUUAGGACUGAUUCAAGGAAAGCGGGCGCUAGGGCUUUGUGCAUUUGAAUAUUAACAUUUGAGGUGUUCUGACCAGAAGAAGACAGAACGGAUGAUCAUUCAUUCACCACGUUGACAACCUCGCCUGUGAUUGACAGUUGGAGUGGCAGAAAGCCAUGAGAUUUGGUAGUUGGGUCUGAGGGGCGCUCUUUUUUUCUUUUUCUUUUCUUUUCUUUCUUUUUUUUAACUGAUUUUUUUUGGGGGGGGAGAGAAGAUCUGUUUUUUCUUCCCUCCCACUGCUGUCUUGGUGGAACCAGAGCGUUUUUAUGCUCAGCGACGCGGGCGCCUCGCUUCAGGUCCGGUAGACCGAAGAUCUGGGACCAGUAAUUCACACUGCUGGAGACGCGAAGGGAUUUUUUUUGUUGUUGUUGUGCUUUAUUUUUUUUUCCGAGGGAGUUUGCAUAUUUGUUUCUUUUCACACUGGCCUUAAAGAGGAUAUAUUAGAAGUUGAAAUAGGAAGGGAGCCAGAGCGGCCGAUGGCGCAAAGGUACGACGACCUACCCCAUUAUGGGGGCAUGGAUGGAGUAGGCAUCCCCUCCACAAUGUAUGGGGACCCACAUGCAGCCAGGUCCAUGCAGCCGGUCCACCACCUGAACCAUGGGCCUCCUCUGCACUCGCAUCAGUACCCGCACACAGCUCAUGCCAACGCCAUGGCCCCCAGCAUGGGCUCCUCAGUCAAUGACGCUUUAAAGAGAGAUAAAGAUGCCAUUUAUGGACACCCCCUCUUCCCUCUCUUAGCACUGAUUUUUGAGAAAUGUGAAUUAGCUACUUGUACCCCCCGCGAGCCGGGGGUGGCGGGCGGGGACGUCUGCUCGUCAGAGUCAUUCAAUGAAGAUAUAGCGGUGUUCGCCAAACAGAUUCGUGCAGAAAAACCUCUAUUCUCUUCUAAUCCAGAACUGGAUAACUUGAUGAUUCAAGCCAUACAAGUAUUAAGGUUUCAUCUGUUGGAAUUAGAGAAGGUACACGAAUUAUGUGACAAUUUCUGCCACCGGUAUAUUAGCUGUUUGAAAGGGAAAAUGCCUAUCGAUUUGGUGAUAGAUGAUAGGGAAGGAGGAUCAAAGUCGGACAGCGAAGAUGUAACAAGAUCAGCAAAUCUCACUGACCAGCCCUCUUGGAAUAGAGACCAUGAUGAUACGGCAUCCACUCGUUCAGGAGGAACCCCGGGCCCUUCCAGCGGUGGCCACACUUCACACAGUGGGGACAACAGCAGUGAGCAAGGUGAUGGCUUGGACAACAGUGUAGCUUCCCCCAGCACAGGUGACGAUGAUGACCCUGAUAAGGACAAAAAGCGUCACAAAAAGCGUGGCAUCUUUCCCAAAGUAGCCACCAAUAUCAUGAGGGCGUGGCUGUUCCAGCAUCUAACACACCCUUACCCUUCUGAAGAACAGAAAAAGCAGUUGGCACAAGAUACGGGACUCACCAUCCUUCAAGUGAACAAUUGGUUUAUUAAUGCCCGGAGAAGAAUAGUGCAGCCCAUGAUAGACCAGUCCAACCGAGCAGUCAGCCAAGGGACACCUUAUAACCCAGACGGACAGCCAAUGGGAGGCUUUGUAAUGGACGGUCAGCAGCACAUGGGCAUCAGAGCACCAGGGCUGCAAAGUAUGCCAGGGGAGUAUGUAGCCCGGGGUGGUCCAAUGGGUGUGAGUAUGGGACAGCCGAGUUAUACCCAAGCCCAGAUGCCCCCCCAUCCUGCUCAGCUGCGUCACGGGCCCCCCAUGCAUACGUACAUUCCUGGACACCCUCACCACCCCGCAGUGAUGAUGCAUGGAGGACAGCCCCACCCUGGAAUGCCAAUGUCAGCGUCAAGCCCCUCGGCCCUUAACACAACAGACCCGACAAUGAGUGGACAAGUCAUGGACAUUCAUGCUCAGUAGCUUAAGGGAAUAUGCAUUGUCUGCAAUGGUGACUGAUCUCGAAUCAUGUCUUUUCCUGCAAUGACUAUGGAGUUCCAUUCUUGACAUCUACUUUGGACCAAGGAGCAUCCCUAAUUCUUCAUAGGGACUCUUAAAAUGCAGGAAAACCAACCGAAGUCAAUUUGGGGGACAUGCAAAAAUAACUAUAUAAGACAUUAAAAGAACAAAGAGUGAAAUAUUGUAAAUGCUAUUAUACUGUUAUCCAUAUUACGUUGUUUCUUAUAGAUUUUUUAAAAAAAAUGUGAAAUUUUUCCACACUAUGUGUGUUGUUUCCAUAGCUGCUCACUUCCUCCAGAAGCCUCCUUACAUUAAAAAGCCUUACAGUUAUCCUGCAAGGGACAGGAAGGUCUGAUUUGCAGGAUUUUUAGAGCAUUAAAAUAACUAUCAGGCAGAAGACCCUUUCUUCUCGCCUAGGAUUUCAGCCAUGUGUGCUCUCUCUCUCUUCUCCUCUCUCUCCCUCUCUCUAGCCUGGGGCUUGAAUUUGCAUGUCUAAUUCAUUUACUCACCAUAUUUGAAUUGGCCUGAACAGAUGUAAAUCGGGAAGGAUGGGAAAAACUGCAGUCACCAACAAUGAUUAAUCAGCUGUUACAGGCAGUGUCUUAAGGAGACUGGUAGGAGGAGGCAUGGAAACCCAAAGGCCGCGUGAUUAGAAGCCUAAGUGUCACGUCAAACAUCAUCGUCCCCAUGCGACAACAACCAUCACCUUAUACAUCACUUCCUGUUUUAUGCAGCUCAAAAAACAUAGACUGAAGAUUUAUUUUUAAUAUGUUGACUUUGUUUCUCAGCAAAGCAUUGGUCAUGUGUGUAUUUUUCCAUAGUCCCACAUUGGAGCAUUCAUGUAGACAUUGUAAAUAAAUUUUGUGCAAAAAGGA